CCGUCCCCGUCCUGAGGAGCUGCCGCCGCCGCCGCCGCCGCUCGCCAACAUGGCGGACCUGGAGGCCGUGCUGGCCGAUGUCAGCUACCUGAUGGCGAUGGAGAAGAGCAAGGCGACGCCGGCCGCCCGCGCCAGCAAGAAGAUCGUCCUGCCGGAGCCCAGUAUCCGGAGUGUGAUGCAGAAGUAUCUUGAGGAGAGAAAGGAAAUAACCUUUGACAAGAUUUUCAAUCAGAAAAUUGGUUUCUUGCUAUUUAAAGAUUUUUGUUUGAAUGAAAUUAAUGAAGCUGUACCUCAGGUGAAGUUUUAUGAAGAGAUAAAAGAAUAUGAAAAGCUUGACCACGAGGAAGAUCGUCUUUGUAGAAGUCGACAAAUUUAUGACACCUAUAUCAUGAAGGAACUCCUCUCUUGUUCGCAUCCAUUCUCAAAGCAAGCUGUAGAACAUGUACAAACUCACCUAGUCAAGAAGCAAGUGCCACCAACUCUUUUUCAGCCAUAUAUAGAAGAAAUCUGUGAAAGUCUUCGAGGCAACAUUUUUCAAAAAUUUAUGGAAAGUGACAAGUUCACUAGAUUUUGUCAGUGGAAAAACGUGGAACUAAAUAUCCAUUUGACCAUGAAUGAUUUCAGUGUACAUAGAAUUAUUGGACGAGGAGGAUUUGGUGAAGUGUAUGGAUGCAGGAAAGCAGACACUGGAAAAAUGUAUGCCAUGAAAUGCUUAGAUAAGAAGAGGAUCAAGAUGAAACAAGGAGAAACAUUAGCCUUAAAUGAAAGGAUCAUGUUAUCUCUUGUCAGUACAGGAGAUUGCCCUUUCAUUGUCUGUAUGACCUAUGCCUUCCACACCCCAGAUAAACUCUGCUUCAUCCUGGAUCUGAUGAAUGGAGGUGAUCUGCACUAUCACCUUUCACAGCACGGGGUGUUUUCUGAGAAGGAGAUGCGGUUUUAUGCCACUGAAAUCAUCCUAGGGCUGGAGCACAUGCACAAUCGGUUCGUUGUUUACAGAGAUUUAAAGCCUGCAAAUAUCCUCCUGGAUGAACACGGCCAUGUAAGGAUAUCAGAUCUCGGUCUUGCCUGUGAUUUUUCCAAGAAGAAGCCGCAUGCGAGUGUUGGCACCCACGGGUACAUGGCUCCUGAGGUGCUGCAGAAGGGCACGGCAUACGACAGCAGUGCUGACUGGUUCUCCCUGGGCUGCAUGCUCUUCAAGCUUCUGAGAGGCCACAGCCCUUUCAGACAACAUAAAACCAAAGAUAAACAUGAAAUAGACCGAAUGACACUCACCGUGAAUGUGGAACUUCCAGAUACGUUCUCCCCCGAAUUAACGUCCCUUUUGGAAGCCUUACUUCAGCGAGACGUUAGCAAACGACUUGGCUGUCAUGGAGGCGGUGCACAGGAAGUAAAAGAGCAUUGCUUUUUCCAAGGCAUUGACUGGCAGCAUGUCUACUUACAAAAGUACCCUCCACCCUUGAUUCCUCCCCGCGGAGAAGUCAAUGCCGCUGACGCCUUUGAUAUCGGCUCAUUUGAUGAAGAGGACACCAAAGGCAUUAAGCUUCUCGACUGCGACCAAGAACUCUACAAGAACUUCCCUUUGGUAAUCUCGGAACGCUGGCAGCAGGAAGUGGCGGAAACUGUGUAUGAUGCAGUCAAUGCAGACACGGAUAAAAUCGAGGCCAGGAAGAGGGCUAAAAAUAAGCAGCUUGGCCAUGAAGAAGAUUACGCGCUGGGAAAGGACUGUAUUAUGCAUGGCUACAUGUUAAAACUGGGGAACCCAUUUCUGACUCAGUGGCAGCGGCGAUACUUCUACCUUUUCCCAAAUAGACUCGAGUGGAGAGGGGAGGGCGAGUCUCGGCAAAAUUUGCUGACUAUGGAACAGAUUGUAUCUGUGGAAGAAACUCAGAUUAAAGACAAGAAAUGCAUUUUGCUAAGGAUAAAAGGAGGGAAGCAGUUUGUUUUGCAGUGUGAGAGUGAUCCAGAGUUUGUACAGUGGAAAAAGGAGUUGACCGAAACCUUUAAGGAAGCCCAGAGGUUACUGCGCCGAGCUCCAAAGUUCCUCAACAAGCCUCGAUCCACUGUGGUGGAGCUCUCGAAGCCACCCCUGUGUCACAGAAACAGCAAUGGCCUUUAACACCCAGGAAUAGGGAGAGUCCCGAGAAGACUGUGCCAUGAGGAAGCUCUAACCUGGGUGUUGCCAGAGCUUUCUGGAAUAGUGUGAGGAUUAGACAUUUGGUUUACUUAUCACUGGGGUUCUUCCGUGCCUGGGGAGACUCGAGAUGCCGAGAUGCUCCUAAUAGGAGCCGUGACCACCUCAGGCCUGGGGUCGCCUUCCCACCCCGCCCGAUGGCCUCAUGCGCCAUCCUACCUGUCUGCACUCGAAAACUACUGAAGAAAGGAAGACUCUUUUUCUUUGCUACACACUUAUUUUGGUAUAUACUGAACCUGGAACUUGAAAUGAUUCCUACUUAUCACUUAAAUUUUUAUGUCUGAUAUCGUAUAUAUCUUAGACUUUCCAAGAUGGACUUAAAAAAUGUUCAGUGUUGGCUAGUAGGCUGCCCUAGUGUUGCCACGGCUUAUCUAUAAACAGUCACUGCUGAUCCUGUGUCUUUGCCCCAAACGACUGGGGAGUGGGAGAGCCACAGUACGUAUGACUCUUUUGCGCACUUCAGACCUGGCUUCUUAUUGCCCCAGGGUUAAAAGUUGAAGAUAUUUUCUGAAAAUGUUGAGCUUGUGCCCUUCAAAUGUGCACUGUACCCAUGUGUGUCCUGCCUGCCCUGCUUCUGACAGAUGUAUUCCCAGGACCUCUCAGUUAGAUGAGAACAAAGAUACAUGAUCCCAAAGGCUAUGGUAUAAAUUAAUCAUUUAAGGCGUUUAGCAGUAGAUCAUUGGGAGGGUUCACAGGGAUUCUGAAUGGGAGGUGGUAGGGUUUUAAGUGUCAGGGCAAUGGCAGUUUUCAUACUUUUCAAAUCCAGAUUGCUCAAGUAAGCCAACAGCACCUUCAUAUGCCCUGGGGCAGAUGGCUGCUUAUGGGUAUGUCUGUCUUUUGGGUUUCUACAAGAAGCACUUGUGUGACACAGGAAUUCUGGUUCCUUCUGCCUGACCUCUCCGAAACACAUCAAUAAUGGAUAUGAAAAAGAAGGAAAGGAAUUGCUCUGGUGUACGUUUUUAGGAUAUUUUUAAAUGAAUUUUAUUGCAAAAAGAAUGCUGAUGAAUGAAUGUGUCAAAAUGGGUUAAAGUGUUUAUGGUGUGUAUCGACCUUUCUGUCGUCACUUGUCUGUCAUUGGUGAGUAGUACUUUGCACUCGGUUGUUCCUUGAAGGGAGGAGCAUUAAUGGGAGCAAAAGGGCUUUCUGCCUGAUCCCAGCGGGCCCCCACAGUUUGUUUUCCCCUUGGCUUCUGUGCCCUUUUCAUGCCCCAAAUAUUGCUGUGUUAUCAGAACCAGUGUUUUUCCCAGCCAAGUCCCCCAUGUCAUCAGACCAAAAACAAUAAUAAUUUAAGAAGUCACAUCCUGGUCCUAUUCUCGGUGCCGUUUUAUCGUGUGUCUCUAAGUUAACUGCUAACAACAUAAAUAACUGGAAAUCACAAUUAUCUACAUCCUGCCCUGGAUAUUUUUGGUGGUUCCAAAUGUUUGGUUUUUAUUCGUGUGUUAUGUCCAUGGGGAAAGUAGGUACUUUCUCAUGAAAUUCUAUUUUGUGAGUUUAGAAUAUAAUUUACUGAAAGGGUCUAUUAUUUCACAGAAGUAACUCUGGAGGAGAAAUUCUGAAGUUCACUAUCCAUUUCAACUACCAGCUGGGGUUUAAAUUAACAUACAUGUCCUGCUGUCUGCUAUUUCCGGUGUGGGAGAAGGUGUGUACUCUUUACAUGGGUUUCCCUCAUUUAAAAGGGAAGGACUGUAUUCGUAUUCUGUAAAAACAACAGCAACAGCCAACAACAACAAAACAGGAAAAAGUAGUUGUUCUUUUUAAGGAGCAGGCAUCAUCUUCUUAAAAAAAAAAAAAAUUUUUUUUUUAAUCAUCAUCUUCUUAGCCAUCAUUAAUUAUAGCUGUGACUGUUCUUGUUACUGUCUCCAUCCCAGCUAACCCGUGCUCAGCAUUUACAGUUGUAUAGACAUUGCAAGACCUCAGACCUCCACUGGACAGGGGAGAGGUCUCAGGUGGAGAAGGUGCCCUGACUCCAUCACAGGCUGUGCUCAGCGUCUCAUAUCUCAUACCUGUCAGCUGUGGCACGUCGGUGGCGUAACAGUUAAGCACUUGGCUGCUAACCGAAAGGUCAGUGGUUCAUACUCACCCACCGCCUCCUUGGGAGAAAGACCUGGCAGCCUGCUUCUGUAAAGAUUACAUUACAGCCAAGACAGCCCUAUGGGGCAGUUCUACUGUCACAUGGGGUCACUUGGGGUCAAAAAUGGACUCAAAGCACCCAACAGCAACAACAAUCAGUAAUGCCAGAGUGUCCAGAAGGAUGAGUAAACUUGCCUAGAGUGAGCUGUCUUCCACAGUUGCCAUAAAAUUGAGCCAAUCUGCAUCUCCUCAAAAAUAUUGUUUUUACUGUGGAAUAGAACAUAAGGUUAAUCUAUCUUUUAGGAAAGAAAUAUGAACUGGAACAUAUCCUGAAAGCCCUUUUGCCUCAUAUUUAUUACAAGUAAUCUCUUCCAGUUCCCCCACUACACUUUGAUUUAUAGUGACAUCGUUGAGAAACACAUCUAGAUGCAAUUUAUUAAUAGCACUGUACAUCAUGAGCUUGGGAUGAGCUACUUAGGGUGGCCGUGAGUUAUGCUAGAGCCUUCCCUCUGGACUGGCGCCUGCAGCCUUCUGAUGGGGCAAGUGUUUCUGCCUCAAGAACCCACGACACUGCUUAGGCCAGCACCUGGUGCCUCCCGGGCCAAAAAGAAGUCAGUUAGUGUAGAAGUCUUUGUAUACUUAGCUGUCUUAGAAGGUUCUAAGAGUGUUACAUAAUUCCUAGAUGCUUGAUUCUCCCUACAUUUGGACUGUUUACAAAGGACAAAAUUCAGCACAAGUUUUCUCAUUGUCUUAGCUUUAUAUGGUUGGGAUAUUUUAACAUUGUCAAUAAAGAUAAUUGAGAUUUCUGUUAUAUCUAUAAAAUCAUGCUAUAAGAAGUCUUCAUUUCACAAUUCAAAGGAAUCAAUAAAGCAAAACCUAAAAAUAAAGGAUUACUUUAAGCUGCUAUAAAACAUAAUAUGGAAUAAAUUAAAAACGUUUGUGGACCCAAGGUUAUUCUUUUGAAUCUCAAAUAUCCGCUUUUUUAUCUCGUCAUCUGGGCUCCUUGGUUUUCCUUUUUCAUCUUUAAGUAUGAUUUUUCAGCAAAACGUCUAGAAUGUUGCUGUUGUUUUCAUCUUUAAUGCAAAGUACUCGUGCCUCGGAUUGGCGGUUCACUGACAUUACAUUUUCAAAUUGUGAUAUAAAAAUAGGGCCAAAUAUCGAGGCACGCUGAUGGAAGGAGGCAUUCUCCUCAAGAAAACUAGCAACAAAUACUUUCUAAGCAAGGUUUAGCUCUUGUGGUUUGAGAUAUGCCAUAUGGACAUUAGACACAAUUAUUUGAAGCCCCCGCUGGCCAUUAUCAAAUAUUGUUUACCAAUUAGCAAUAGAACUUAACUUGUUUUAAAACAUCAAAGUGUGUGUGUGUAUUUGUUUUUGAUGAUGAUCUUUUUUUUUUUUUUAGUUUGUAAUUGGGCCAAUUCCAGUUUUUGAUGGAAUUGAUUUUCCUAAGAAAUGUCUUGAAAUUUUAAUCUACCAGGAAGACAGUGCAAUUUUCAAAGUUCCACCUCUUUCAGAAGAUGUAAAUCUGUAAAAGUACUUUGAAAUAUGCUGCUGUAAAAUAAGAUUUAUUUCGUAUGAUUUAAUCAUACGUGAUUCUUUUUUUCUCCAUUAUGUUCAGGGAAAUGUUUCUGUGUCAAUCAGAGAUACUUGCCAAAUGAGCCCUCCCACCCUGGGUGAGGCAUUGACUUAGUUGCUUGUACCUAAGUACCUAGAGAAGAUUUAGGCUUGGCUGGGAGGUGGUGAGCCGUGAGGGGUGGGUGAGGUGUGUGUCACAGAGAGAAGAAUAGUAGUAGAAAUGAGACAAAGAAGAAAGAUGUUAAUGUGCUGAUCAAAAUCAGCCCCUUAUACCAUAAACAGCCAAUACAAUGGCUGAGUUAAAGUCCCUCCCCCGCCAUAACAGUGUUGUUGUUCGGUGCCAUUGAUUCCAAUGCAUAGGGACCCAUUGUGACAGAGUACAGCUGCCCCAUACUGUUACCUAGGCUGUAAUCUUUAAAGGAGCAGAUCACCAGGUCUUUUCUCCCACAGAGUGGCUGGUGGAUUUGAACUGCUGACCUUUCAGUUAGCAGGUGGGCAUUUAACCACGGCACCACCAGGGCUCCUUUAUAAGAGUGUAGUUGAAUAAUAAUUCAUUUUACUAUUUGGUUACUUUCUGUUUGGCUGUGGAGCUGCUUAGACUUCUUAGGAGGCUUUUUGCUUUCAGUUAGGACUUUCUGCAGACCUCAAGUUGCUGCUGCCUGUCAUCUGGGCGCCUCUCGGGUGAAAGCGCUGACAGGCCCAGAGCAAAGGCGGCCUUGAGGGCCCCUGUCGGCUGACUGUGUGUGUGUUCGUUUCUGUCGGCGAGUUGUCCAGUGGAUCAGCUGCAGACAUCAUUAUGACUACAUUAAAGUUCUUCUAAAACCAUCAGAAUACCAAGCCUCAGCUUUACGCUUUGUGCCAGUCAUGUAUCUAGAAGUGAGCUUGAGGAAGUUAAAUUAAAACAAAAAAAAUUUUUUUCUAAAAAUCCAGUAUGAUUUUCCCUCCCUUGGUAAGAUUUACUUGAGUCUCGAACUAAUUACUUAAAGUCAUGUUACAAUGAAUUUUUUAACCAAGACCACAUAUUAGCAUAUUAGAAGAUUUUUAUUGUGAAAAAAACAUAUUUUUUAAUUGUAGAAUGAAUGAAAGUUGAACUCUGAUAUGCUACUCGUGUGUUUGCUGAAGUCAUAAUGGAUUUUAGAUUUUAUUUGUCCUCAGAGAACUAAGAGUCCUAUUCUUCUAUGACAAAAUGAACAGGCUUGCCCUCCCAAAGGCCUGGGGGGAAUACCAAUGGCGGCCACUUUGCUGACUCGGGCUCACGUGCCUGACAUUGAUGGUUAAAUGUAGCAACGCAAAUUUUAAAUUACCUUAAAAAAAAAAUACAGAAAAUGAGUUAAUGGUAUAUGCAUCGCAUCAAACACAUAGAGGAAAAAAAUUUUUUGAACUGCAUUUUAGAGUUAAAUAACUCAUUCAUAUAGUAAACUCUCCUAUAUCUAAUGGUCUGAAAAUAAUAUACUUGAAAAACAUGCCUGAAAAGUGGCAGAUAUGUUCCCAUUUUUGGUUCUGUCCUAAAUACCAGAUGUCUUUGAUGGAAGGGAAGGGAAUGGAGAAAUAUUUCCAACUGUGUAUUCAUGUCGCAAAAGGACUUGAAAUUUAAUUUUUUGUUUCUUUGUUGAUUAUAUUCUGUGAUGUAUAUAUUCUCUGUGAUUUACAAACUAAACACUGGCCAUUUUUAAUUCUAUUGUUAAAUUGUAUUUUUCUAUGUUUUAACUAUUUACAAUAGAGUUGGCUUUUUCUGGGUAACAAAGAUUGCUGAGCUACAUAUAUAUAGAAAACAAAAGUUCUAUUUUAACACAAGAGCAUUUUAUAUUAUUUAUUGAAUCUAUAAGUUUGUUUGCAACAGAAACAUUCCAGAUCAUUUCUGCUCCUUUUUAUUUGUAUAGUUGGUUAUUUAAAGAAAUGGCAGUCCUUUCUGUUUUUCACAAAAUAAGUGAAAUGGUGGGUACAGCAAUGUGGGCAGACGUCUCUUCUCACUGCCUGGGACGGUUUCACCCCCAGCAUAUCUUCUGGUCUGCACCACCUGGCAGAUGCACUGUUUUUUUUUUUGGUAACAUCUGACAGCAGAUUUGCUGUGAAAUGCUGAUUUCAUCUACCUCUUCAGAAGGCCUCCUGCGUGUUGGCGAGUACCCACAAUGCUUUCUUCUAAGCUGGUUCUAUCGGAAAGACUUCAGUAAAACAUUUUGGUGUGAUUUCCUUGUGACAUAGAUUUGUUUCUAAAGCGAUAGUGUUGUCUGGGUGCCCUGGUGAGCUGAGCAGGUAGAUAUCUCUUCUGUAGAGUUGUACUCCUGCAGGAUUUGAGAUAGGACUGUGAAGCAUAACUUCUGACUCCUGUGCUAGAAUCCUCACUGUUAGCUUUGCCACUGCCUCAAGACCCGAUUAUUGCGCCUGAUUUAUCAGCUACAAAGUGAAAGGACUCCCUUCUGCACUCUGUCGUGGGCUAGCCCUUCUUUGUAAAGGCGCAAGCUAUGUUUGAAAGCAUCGCCUUGAGGAGCACCACAUUUCCGUGUGAUUCUUUUCCUCUUGCUAUUUCAAAAUGAUUUGGAAAAUGGGGUCAUAAAGGCAAGUCCUUCAUGUGUAAUUGGAAGAGAAUUUCAGUAAAACAUUUUGGAAUGAGUCCUUUUUGACAUAGGUUUGUUUUCAAGAGGUUAUAUUUGAAGGGUUAACGAUUCAUGUGAAAUAGAAGAUCUGUUGCUGGGGGGGAGGGUUCAUCCUCUCUGCCGACAUAUUUCUUUGCCUAUUUCCAUAGUUGCAUAUCUAUCAAUAUAGUGACAUAUUUGCUCUGUUCUUGGCCAAGUCUGAUACCCUAAAAGAAAUUCAUUUUCUAUUGUAUAUUGCUAUACAAAGUGAAGCCGGUGAACUAAAUGUUGUAAAUCUAGAUAUUGUACCUAUCAAAAUUAUCGUUUGUUUCAUCUCUCUUCGUAUUUAUUGUGUCAGUGAAGUUUUACACUCCUCAGUAUAUUGCUGAUUUGGGCACGUUUGAAAUCGUAUCUACGUGGAGUUGCUGUUCCGGUCGACGCCAUGACGUCAACCGCCCUACGGGAGGGGUGCUCCCUCGGUUAAUAUCACUACCUUUUUUAUAGAUAUUUUGGAGCAGCCAGGCUGGGUUUCUGUGUUGGCCAAUUGCAUAUAUAUAUACAUAUAUAUAUAUAUAUAUAUAUAUACACUUUUAAAAAUCUAAAUAAAAAGAAUCUGUACAAAGAUACUUCAGUGUGCUGUUUUCCCCCAAUUAAAACCUGCAUUUCUUUAUCAAGCUGUUAAUACAUAGGAGAUGACUCCUUUUAAAGAAUUCUGACUUUGGGGGAUGUUCUGGUUUGAAGUACCAAAACCAAAAACUGUCCCCUCAAAAUAUGUCUUGGAAUCGUAACCCCUAUACAGAACCUGUGGAUGUAAUCUGUUUGGGAAUAGGGUUUUCUUGGUUACGUAAAUGAGACCUACACCUAAUAAUAACUUCCGAGCUGUAAAAACAGCAGAUUAGAUUCAGGAGCAAGCACCAAUGGAAGGGGGGAUAGAUGCCAAGGAACCCAGGAAUGCAGGGCCUGUAGAAGCCGAGACAGGGAUCUUACCCCAGAGCCAAUAGGGAGCCUUCUCCUGGAGCCAGUGCCUGAAUUCAGACUUCUAGCCUCCAGAACUGUGAGAAACUACAUUUCUGUUUUUUAAAGACACCCACUUGUGGUAUUUCUGUUACAGCAGCACUGAGAAACUGAGACAAGAAAUUUGCAUAGAGACGAUUUUACUAAGAGCAAAGGAAUCGCCAACGAGCAUUUCUGCUGUUUCCUUGGAUUGCUGAAGUGCAGCCAGUUCCACAGCCUCAGGAUUUUGGAGACUGAGGGCGCCAGCAGAAGAUACAUUGCAAGAAGAGAAUCUGGAAAGCCUGGGCGAUGAAGAAGUUCAGGUGGUCCAUCUUGUCUACUGGGAUGGGGACCCCUAACUCCCUGUCCUACUCUACGCAAUGUGCUGAGGAGGUGCCAUGACCCGAGACACUUUAAUCCAGAAACCCAGGAGGUGGUUUCAGCCCACACUGCUGGGUCAGAACUGUCUGCUUACGGAACCGCAGACCAAGGCACCUCAUGUGCAGCUACCACCCAUCUGUCAGUGAAAACUUGUGUGUUGCUGUGAUGCUGAACAGGUUUCAGCAGAGCUUCCAGACUAAAACUAGGAAGAAAGGCCUGGCAAUCUACUUCCAAAACUCAAUCAAUGAAAACUCUAUGGAUCACAACGGUCCGAUCUGCAACCUAUUCCUGGAAUGGUACAGGACCAGGCAGCGUACCAUUCCAUCAUGCACGGCAUUGCUAUGAGUCAGGGACCAACUUGAAGGCAGCUAACAACAACAAACUAACUGAGAAAUGAAGUUGUAAGACCAACUGCACCUUUACUACAUAGUCCCUGGAAGGUGGAGGGGACAAGGAGUCUCCUCCACGAGGGUCAAGACUGUCCAAAAAAGGCAGGACCAAAAAUCAUUGUGUCAGAACCACAAGUGCAAAGCUAAGCUUUGAAUGACGAGCACACCCACACCCAGUUCAGGUUAUGAUUGGUGUAAAGCUAUAUUUUUCAAAUACAUUCCAGUUAUUUAAAAAAAAAAAAAAGAAAAUUAUCAAAACCAUCAGUCCAAAAGAGAGAUUGUAUUUAGCUUUCCUUCAUUGAAAGACAAAGAGUGAAAGACAAACCAUGAAACUGGGGGAAGAUAUUUGUAAUGUGUAUGACCAAAGGACUAGUAUGUAACAUAUGAAGAGAGUAAAAAGUAAAACAGUCAAAUAAUCUAGUAGAAAAAUGGACCAAAGGCAUGAAAAGUAAAUAUACAGAAAAGGAAGCAAAUGGCCCUGAAACAUAAGAAAAUACACAAGGUUAUUAGUACCCAGUGAGCUGCCUUACUAGUUUCCAUUUCAUAACUUCCAGAAAGACAAAAUUUUUAAAGUCUGAUCAUUUCAAGCCCUAGUGAGAAUGUGGAGCAACUGAUGUUCUCAUACUGGGUGUGCACACUGCUACAACCCCUUUUGAAAACAAUUUGGUAUUUUCUAGAAAAGUUGAACAUGUGCAUUCCCUGUGGUCUGUGAAUUCCACUCCUAGUUGUAUAUAUGUGUACUCUUGGCACAAGUAUGCCAAGAUGUGUACGAGAUACUCAUUAUAGCGUUGUUUGUAAUAACAAAGUGUGAAUAAACCGAAUGUCCAUCAAAAGUACAAUGGAUAAAUACAGUGCAGUGUAUUUACACUGUGGAAUACCGCAUGGCUGUGCAAAUGAAUGAAGUAUGGGUACCAACAUCACAACAUAACUGAAUAAAAGAAGACCAAGUCAGAAUAAGGUGUAUAUUAUGAUUUCAUUUACACAAAGGUUAAAUAUAGGCAAACUAAGCAAUAUAUCGUUUAGGGAUACGUAUAGAUUAUGGAGGAAACCCUGGUGGUGUGGUGGUUAAGUGCUACAGCUACUAACCAAAGUGUUGGCAGUUCGAAUCCACCAGGUGCUCCUUGGAAACUCUAUGGGGCAGUUCUACUCUGUCCUAUAGGGUUGCUAUGAGUCAGAAUCGACUUGACGCACUGGGUUUUAUAGAUUAUGGAAGGAGUCUGCGUGGUGCAGUGGUUAAGCACGUGGCUGCUAAUUGAAAUGGCAGCAGUUCAACCCCACCGGCUGCUCCACAGAAGAAAGAUGUGGCAGUCCGAUUCCAUAGAUUAUAGCCUUGGAAACCCUAUGGGGCAGUUCUACUCUGUCCUAUAGAAAAAAAAAAAAAAAUAGGGUCGCUAUGAAUUGGAAUUAACUUAAUGGCAACGA